UAUGACGAGAUGCUGAAAAUUUGCGUUGAGGACGCUAGUGAAAAUGUCUACGGACCCGGAAACCCCUGUAUGAACGACGGGGAGUACAUGAAGCCCGACCCCGAAAAAGGCGAAAAGGCCAACUAUACGUGCAGCUGUCUUCCCGCCUUCGAAGGGAAGCUCUGUGAGAAGGAGAAAAACCCCUGUAUCAAGGAGGGCGGCGAUAAGUUCUGCCAUCCCUUUAAGUGUGCACGCGCUCCUGAGGAUAUCUACAAGGGUUUUCGGUAA